CUCAACGACCCACCCGCCUAUAUAACCGUGCCCUGGUCCGGUCUCGCGAGUGUGGACUCUCUUUUCGCAGGGUUUCUUUUGUUAUCCUCUUUUUGGUUUCUCUCUCUAGAAAAGUUAAAGCCUCCUGUCAUCUACCCUACACACUAUCAACCAUCAACUGUUUGGAGUGAUCGCUUGCCCUUGAGAAAAAAUGGUAAGAAAAAGGAGGACUGAGCAUUCUGGUGGGGAGGAGUCUUCAGCUUCCCAGGAGUCUGGAGCAGUACAAGGUGGUGCCCAACGUCCACCACAGCAGCAGCAGGAAGGAGCAGGGAGAGGAGGCUGGGCACCUCAGCGUGGAGGUUAUGGUGGCCAAGGUGGUGGACCACCACGGGGUGGAAUGGCUCCACCGCAGUCGUAUGGACAACCUGGGCAUGGUGGUCCAAGUGGUGGACCACCACGGGGUGGGAUGACUCCCCAACAGUCAUAUGGGCAGCCUGGUUAUGGUCGUCAAGCUGGUGGACCUCCCCGGGGAGGAAUGACUCCCCAGCAGUCAUAUGGGCAGUCUGGGUAUGGUGGCCAAGGCGGUGGACCUUCACGGGGUGCAAUGACUCCCCAGCAGUCAUAUGGACAUCCUGAUCAUCAGCAUGGUAGGGAUCCACAAUAUCAGCAUGCAGGGCCCCCACCCCAGCGUCGUGGUGGCAUAGGUGGUCGUGGGCCAGCUUCUGGUGGUUUGCAUACUAGCCCCCCUGUUUCCGAGCUGCACCAAGCAACACAGCCUCCACAGCAAGCAAUUCUAUCUAUGCCCACAUCAUAUCCCAGGCAAGGAGAAACUGAAGAGGCUGGUAGUUCUUUAUCUAUCCAACAUGAGCCUGCACAAUUGUCCCAGCAAUUGGAAAAGCUUACUGUGCAACCUGAAGUUGCACCUGGCCAAGCUAUCCAACCUGCAUCCAGCAAAGCAAUGAGAUUUCCUCUUCGACCAGGUCCUGGACAGAUGGGUAUGAAAUGCAUAGUAAAGGCCAAUCACUUCUUUGCUGAGCUACCUGAUAAGGACUUGCACCAGUAUGAUGUUUCUGUCACACCUGAAGUUGCUUCUCGGGGUGUUAAUCGUGCUGUGAUGGAUCAGUUAGUCAAACUCUAUAGGGAAUCUCAUCUAGGAAGGAGGCUUCCGGCAUAUGAUGGAAGAAAGAGCUUGUACACUGCUGGGCCACUCCCUUUUGUUUCUAAAGAGUUCAAGAUCAUCCUAGCUGAUGAAGAUGACCGACCAGGUGGUGCCAGGCGAGAAAAGGAAUUUAAAGUUGUCAUUAAAUUUGCAUCUCGCGCUGAUCUUCACCAUUUGGGAAUGUUUCUUCAAGGCAGGCAGGCUGAUGCACCUCAGGAAGCACUUCAAGUUCUAGAUAUUGUGUUGCGGGAACUGCCCACAUCUAGGUACUCUCCAGUUGGCCGUUCUUUUUAUUCCCCUAAUUUAGGUAGGAAACAGCCAUUGGGUGAAGGUCUAGAAAGCUGGCGGGGAUUUUAUCAAAGUAUUCGCCCAACCCAGAUGGGAUUAUCUCUGAAUAUAGAUAUGUCAUCCACCGCUUUUAUUGAGCCACUACCUGUCAUUGAUUUUGUUAUUCAGCUUCUGAAUAGGGAUGUUUUGUCUAGGCCUUUGUCUGAUUCUGACAGAGUGAAGAUCAAGAAAGCCCUAAGGGGCGUGAAGGUGGAGGUAACACAUCGUGGCAAUAUGCGGAGAAAGUAUCGGAUCUCUGGUUUGACAUCACAAGCCACAAGAGAGUUGACUUUUCCUGUUGAUGAGCUAGGAACAACAAAGUCUGUGAUUGAAUACUUCCGUGAAACAUAUGGUUUUAUCAUUCAACAUACUCAGUGGCCAUGCCUACAAGUCGGGAAUCAACAAAGGGCAAAUUACCUGCCGAUGGAGGUCUGCAAAAUUGUUGAGGGACAACGGUAUUCGAAGCGGUUAAAUGAGAGACAGAUUACUGCACUCCUUAAAGUAACAUGCCAACGGCCAAAGGAUAGAGAACAAGAUAUUCUUCAGACUGUGAGACAAAACAAUUAUGCCAAUGACCCAUAUGCGAAGGAGUUUGGAAUUAAAAUCAGUGAAAAGCUCGCUCAGGUUGAAGCUCGGAUUUUACCUGCACCUAGGUUAAAAUACUCUGAUAGUGGUCGCGAGAAAGAUGUCCUUCCUCAAGUUGGACAGUGGAACAUGAUGAACAAGAAGAUGGUUAAUGGCGGAGUAGUGAACAAUUGGUUUUGCAUAAACUUUUCCCGCAAUGUGCAGGAUAGUGUUGCAAAAGGCUUUUGUUCUGAGCUUGCCCAAAUGUGUCAAAUAUCUGGGAUGAUGUUCAAUCCCAAUCCAGUUCUACCCGCAACCUCUGCUCGGCCAGAUCAGGUCGAGAGAGCACUGAAAGCGAAGUAUCAUGAUUGCAUGACCAAACUACAAGGGAAGGAGCUUGAUCUUCUAAUUGUGAUCCUUCCUGACAAUAAUGGGUCACUCUAUGGCGAUUUAAAAAGGAUAUGCGAGACAGAGCUGGGAAUUGUCUCACAAUGCUGUUUGACCAAGCAUGUUUUCAAAAUGAGCAAACAGUACUUCGCAAAUGUGGCAUUGAAGAUAAAUGUUAAAGUUGGUGGUAGAAACACUGUCCUUGUGGAUGCAAUAUCUAGGAGAAUUCCCUUAGUCAGUGACCGUCCAACAAUUAUAUUUGGUGCUGAUGUUACACACCCUCACCCUGGAGAAGAUUCAAGCCCUUCAAUUGCAGCUGUCGUUGCUUCUCAGGAUUGGCCUGAAAUUACCAAGUAUGCUGGUUUAGUUUCUGCUCAAGCGCACAGGCAAGAGCUGAUUGAAGACCUCUACAAAACAUGGCAAGACCCUGUUAAAGGGAAUCUAACUGGUGGCAUGAUAAAAGAAUUGCUCAUGUCCUUCCGCCGGGCUACUGGAUAUAAGCCCGAGAGAAUUAUAUUCUACAGGGAUGGGGUUAGUGAAGGACAGUUUUACCAAGUACUUCUCUUUGAGCUUGAUGCAAUUCGCAAGGCAUGUGCAUCACUUGAACCGAACUAUCAGCCCACUGUCACAUUUGUUGUCGUCCAAAAAAGACACCACACUAGGUUGUUUGCCAACAACCACAAUGACAGGAAUACUGUUGAUAGGAGUGGUAACAUACUACCUGGUACAGUAGUGGACUCGAAGAUCUGUCAUCCGACUGAGUUUGACUUUUACCUCUGCAGUCAUGCUGGUAUACAGGGUACUAGUCGCCCAGCACAUUAUCAUGUCUUAUGGGAUGAAAACAAAUUCAGUGCUGAUGGUCUCCAGUCGUUGACUAAUAAUCUCUGCUAUACAUAUGCAAGGUGUACGCGGUCUGUAUCUAUUGUUCCUCCAGCGUACUAUGCACAUCUAGCAGCUUUCAGAGCUAGAUUCUACAUGGAUCCCGAAACAUCUGACAGUGGGUCUAUGACAAGUGGUGCUGUUGCUGGCCGUGGCGGUGGUGCCGGGAGAAAUACCAGAGCACCAGGUUCUAGUGCAUCGGUUAGGCCACUUCCUGAUUUGAAGGACAAUGUUAAGAAAGUAAUGUUUUAUUGUUAAUUUGCUUCCUAACAAUGAAGUUUGCCCAGAACACCUUUCGUUUUAUGUUUGGCUUUUGCUAAUUAGACUCGUUCUUGAUGUGCUCCCUGGAUAUUCCCAGGAGUCAUGCCGACUGUAGUUGGUAUAUAGGAAUUGUGAUACGUUUUCUGAAUUGGUGUUGACUUUGUCUGGAUUCUACAUCAUUUGUGCAUUUGGUUUCUUUUUGUAGUCUUGGUUUGAAUUUAGUUGUAAAAUUAUGUGAAGCUGUUUGUGGUAUUAUCUGAAAUAUGAAGAUAUCUCACAAUUCACAACUCUGGGGGUUAAUUUGGGGUUAUAUGACCACCCCCAGUCCCCCAAUUCAUUAUCAGAGUAAUUUUAUCUCUUGAGUUGUGGUGGGUACUUUUUAUUGUUAACAACUUAACAGGUUGAUCAGGG